AGGUAAAUUAGGGCUUAACGAAUUUCCUGGACCUGCGGACUAGGGUUUCUCUUUUUUCGCUUUCGGCAAAUUGGAUCUAGGUUGUCUUUUGGAUGCCUAAUUCUUGUCUACUAGAUUCUCUGGAGAUGCAUAGUAGGCUUCCUCUUCUCACGUCGUAGUCCAUCCACAUUGCUUCUUUCUCGUGUGAUUCACGAUACCGUCGAUCUCAAUGGGCAACUCUUCGUCCUCCAUCUCCAGCGCCGAACGCAAGCCCUCGCCGCCCCGCGCUCGAUCUCCUCCGCCACCAUCGGCGGCGGAGGCCGCCCCCCGCCCGCCGGAGAUCGAUCUCAAGCGGAUCUUCAACAAGUUCGACGCGGACGGCGACGGGCGCAUCCGCGAGGCGGAGGUCGCGGCGAUGCUGACGAGGCUCGGCUGCGACGACGACGCGGCGUCGAUGGUCGCGGCUGCGGACGCGGACGGGGACGGCUACAUCGACAUGGGGGAGUUCGCGGCGAUCUUCGGCGGGAGCCUGGAGGAGGCGCGGGAGGUGGAGGCGGAGCUGAGGGCGGCGUUCGCGGUGUUCGACGAGGACGGAGACGGGGGGAUCACGGCGGAGGAGCUGUUUAGGGUUUUGGAGAAGCUCGGGGAGGGGGAGACGAUGGACAGGUGUCGGGAGAUGGUGAGGGGGGUGGAUCGGAACGGCGAUGGAGUGGUGAGCUUCGAGGAGUUUAGGCUUAUGAUGACGCAGGAGUUCUUCGCCUCGUCCCCUCGCAGCACGUAGCGCCGCGCACAACGUCCACCAGUAUAUAUACAUACACUGAUACACAAACGCACACGCACAGAUAUAUUAUUAUAUUAUAUAGUACUCUCU